AUGCUACCACCAUCAUCAUCAUCUCCAUCAUCAUCACCAUCAUCAUCAUCAUCAUCAUCAUCAUCAAUCAUCAUCAUCAACCACAAUUUAGGCUUCAGGAGCGAAAAUUUUGGAAAAGCUCUCGCCACAUGUUACAAAUUUGGUGUAAACGCUGCGCAUGUGAAGCACAUGACCUUACCUUUUACUCCAAAAGUUCAUUUACUAACGUUCAACGAGUUAGAACGGAAUUCAGUUAUCAUCGAUAGCUUUUUAUUUAUAACAGUUUCACAUGGAAUAGAUGGAUGGACACAACGAGCUGAUUUCCUCGAUCCUAUUCGAUCUGUUUUGGAUGAAUAUCCGCAAUAUAAUAUAACUUUGUUUGAUUAUGAUGGCACAAUUUUUGAUUUGAUAUCAAGUGUUAAGGUAUUAUUAAACUUGCUUCUGAAACAGCUAUAA